GCGAGUCCGCGGCAUAGCUGCGUGGGGCUUGGCUUCUGUGCUUCAGGCUGUGGCUCCCGGCUUUUCGUAGGGGUUUCCUUGGAGUGAGAAGCGAGGAAGGCGUUCGUCUUUGUGGUCCUCUUAUAACAUGAGGCCUUUUUCUUUUCCUGGGUCGUUCCAGGGACUCUAACCGGCUCAGCUCGUCCUCAGAGACUGGCGCGCUGAGCGUCAGGGAUCGCACCGGACUCGUGCACCUACACGGGGGAGGAUCCCGCUGGAGGAAGCGAUUCCAACAGCGCAACGCCCCUCGUGAUCUGGGCAGGUCCGGAAUAAUCCCUUUAUCAUUUACAAAUGCUGCACUUACGUUGCAGAUAGAAGUUACAACCCAGGUCCUGCCCGGCCGUACAACGGAUAAACACCGGUGGAAAGAGCGGCUCUUCCAACAAAAAAGGAGUAACAGGAUCGUUUGGGAUGAGGGAAAGUGCAAGAAAACGAAUUGCAUAAACUGCCAGAAUGAAAUAACGCCAAUAAGUGUUAUUACAUUGGCGGCUUGUAUCCUGAAAUGAUUUUAUUAAGUAUUCAAAACAUGAAUUCGUACUCCUAGAAGCGCCGUAUAUAUACAGCAAUAACGGUACAGACACGGUCACCUAUAUAUGCGACUUUCUCUUACUCAUGUUACACGUUGCCCGCGCUUCUGAACGCUCCAAAAGGCAUCAAGUACUUCAAAUUACUUUGCACUUUUAUGCUGUAAGUGCGACACGGCUAAUUUACUAACGUAAUCAUUUUUAAUUCCCGGUUUUGCUUUUAAGCAUGUAAGCAGAUUACUGACUCCCAAUGAGCAGUCAGCUCUCUUCGGAAGUACGCAACUUCUGUUACCGCAGAUCAAGAAGUGCUGAUUGCCAGUUACCACUUUUACGGCCAAGAUUUAGCCCCCGUUUUACUUCUUCAGCGAAGCUCCUGCGUGUGGCAGAAUAAACGGUCUGCUGACAGCGUUGUAGUAAAAUGGGCUUAUUUUCCCUAUCCAUCAGUGUCGGCUGGAGAAGGACAUCACCCACCAGCAAGGCAGACCUUCCGACUCGCUGCCCGGAGGAGCCGAGCUGGGCCCCGCUUCCGCUGUCCCCGAGCCAGGCUCCACACGGCACAGACUGCCGCCCGCGCCAGAACAAAAUCACAGCAUGGGAGCGGCUGGAAGUUAGCUCUAGCAAUCAUUUGGUCCAGCUCCCUGCUAAAGCAGGCCCGCCUAGAUCAGGCCGCAGAGGAACGCAUCCAGGCGGGUUUUGAAACUCUCCAGAGCAGGAGACUCCACACUCCACCCUAGACAGCCUGUGCCAGGGCUCCCUCGCCCGCAUAGGAAAGAAGUUUCUCCUCGUGUUCAAGUGGAACUCUUUGUGUUCAAGCUUGUGCUCGUUACCCCUUGUCCUGUCACUGGGCGCUAGAGAAAAAGUCUCGCUCCAUCUUCCUGACCUCCUCUUUGGCGCAGCGCGCCUACACCGAAGGCCCGUUCCCAACCCUUUCUUGUACUCCCUCCGCUCCGGCCGGCGCUCCCCAGCCCUUCCGCGCCGCCACACGCACUUCCCGACGGGGCAACGGUGCGGGGCCGGUGCAGCUCAAACGUCACGUCCCGCGCCGAGCCCCCGCCCCGCACGCUCCUGCGCAGCAUUGUGGGAGGCCGGAAAGGGGUCGCCGGGGAAAGAAAAUGGCGGCGCAGGGAAGGGGCAGGGUGCGUAGUGGCAAGGAGGAGCACGGGUCGGGGCGUUCGGAGUCGGAGCUGCUGCUGCACCCGGAGCUGCUCUCGGAGGAGUUCCUGCUGCUCACCCUGGAGCAGAAAAAUAUUGUUGUGGAAAGUGAUGUAAAGAUGGACAAAGAUGGUCUCACUGAUCUUUAUAUUCAGCAUGCUAUUCCACUGCCUCAGCGUGACCUACCGAAAAGUAGAUGGGGGAAAAUGAUGGAAAAGAAGAGACAACAAAAUGAGUCAAAAAGUGAGAAUAAAAGUGUUACAACGGUGGAAGGUUUAAGGAAACGGCCAUUAAUUGUAUUCGAUGGCAAUUCGACAAGUACAAGUAUAAAGGUGAAGAAGACAGAGAACGGGGCUGCCGAUCGCCUGAAACCUCCUCCAGCUGGAAGCACCACCAACACUGUCAGAAGAUUAUCAGCUCCUUCAAAUGCCUCAACAUACAUUUCAGCCUCCGGUUUAUCAGAGGACGCUAAACUGGGAAUGAGGAAUAACGAGGCUAAGCAGAACAAUAUUUCAAAGACUAACAGCAGUGUGUUGGCUAGUCUAAAGGUGUACCCUUUGUCUCCAGUAGCAGGAACUACUGUUGUGAAGUUAAAGAGAGCUGUUCCAAAAGAAGAAUCUGAUUUGCCGAAUGACUUAAAGCCUACAGAAGCAAAGAAGAAAAUCCAGCAUGUUACAUGGCCAUGAAGUAGCUAAUGAUGCUUGAAAUACAAAUAUUACUUCCAUAUUUUUGAACAGAUAAGUCGUAUUUAAACAAUUCAAGUACAAUUGUUUUUAAACCUUACAGGAACUGAGAUUGCUGUGAAGUUCUAACACAUUUAAAAAAUUCUUGUUGUAAAGCUGCAGUCGUCAUCACCUGUCACCUUAAGAAGGUCUACUCUUGUACACCAAGUACUAGUUCAUUACUUUUUUAAAAGGUGGUAAUAUUACAAUAUACUAAACCUUCCACUUUUAGUUUUCAAGAUUAUUAUAGUUCAUCUCCUGCAUGUCACUACGAUUCACACAUACAAAUAUUUUUGUUUUGUUUCAGCAAGAUCAGGUUUGUUCUACUUCUGGUUAAAUAGUUAAAAUAGCUAUUGAAAUUUGGAGUGAUCUGAAGAGCUUUCUUGUCUUUAAAAAGAUAAUUCAUUUGAUGAGAAAACUGACCAUUUGGCUGAUAAGAUUGUACGACAAAAUUUUGUCCUUUUUGUUGCGUGGAACUGGAGUGUAGAAUUUAUGGUGCAAGUUAAGUUGGUAAUAAGAGAUGAACUAUUUCAACAGCAUUACUUCAAAUUGAAGUAUCUCUUAUUGACAUAUGAAAUAAGAAAUGCACAGAUGGAAGUAAGUUAUUAGAUUGUUUGGUAUGAGUCUUCAAGAGGAAGUAGUGAAUGGAUUAGUGCCAUAUUCUUUUAAAUACGCACGCCUGUUUUAUAUGUGCAUUGGUGUAAAAAUGUGCCGAUGCAGCAAAUUCACUUGUUUUCCUGGUUACAAUUAUGCUUAUAAAAUAUGGGGAAAACCUGUGGAAUGCAGGCCAGUGCUUUCUCAACUUGCCAACACUUGGAGAGGAACAGGAAUAGGAAGACAAAGAAGUACAUCAAGAGCAUUAGUGUAUGCAGUUGUACUUGAACUUGUUUUUCCUUCCUUUGGUAAUUUAAGAUGGAUAUUGGUUUUCUGUGAAACUUCAUGUUUCAUCUGAAUUAUUGGUAAUGCUUUAUAAGGCAGAAAUCUAGUUAACCUGACGAUUUAUUAAAUCUGAGUGGCUCAGGGUGAAGCCAGCUUACAUCCAUUUUGGAUAUGGGAGGUAAAUAAUAAUGUUCCCAGACUUAGUGAAACAAAAAAGAAUCAACUUCUGAUUCCUCUUAGUUAACCCACUAAAAGAAGCUGUCAGUAGUGAUCUGAAAGCUUGUUUAUAUUUUUAAUAUUGAUUAACAUGGAAACCAAAAACUGUAUCGUAAUUACUGACAAAAGUUCUCCAUUCACUGUUAGGACAUUAAAAGGCACUUCAUGAAUGCUGUAAAAUGGUAAGAGUGUGUGUUUUGCAACCGUGUGCCGUUUCCCUUUUCCUGAACACUUGUGCAGUUUUUGUACUUGAGUACAGCAAACUUUAACGUAAUGUACAUUUUGUAUGUAAAGAGUUGUCUUUUGAGUAGCCUUAUCCUAUUUAAAUAAAUUCAAUGAAAAGCAAACAAA